AUCUCCAUGGGCCAGAUGCUGCAGGAAUUUGGGAAGUUCCUGGGUCUGUUCCUGCUGGUGCUGAUCUCCUUCACCAUCGGCCUGACGCAGCUCUAUGGGAAGGACCAGAAGGACCCGGCCAAGAGCCCCGCCAAGGACUGCGAGGGCAUCUUCUGUAAGCAGCAGAGCAACGAUGCCUUCCACACGUACGUCCAGUCUACCUUAUCUCUCUCUCCCUCUCUCUCUCUCUCUCUCUCUCUCUCUGUCUCUCUCUCUCUCUCUCUCUCUCGCUCUCUCUCUCGCUCUCUCUCUCCCCCUUUCUCUCCCUUUCUCUCUCUCUCCCUUUCUCUCUGUCUCUCUCUGUCUCUCUCUCUCUCCCCCUUUCUCUCUCUCUCUCUCUCUCUCUCUCUCUCUCUCUCUCUCGACCCCCCCCCCCCCCCCCCCCCGUUGAAAGGGUCAUGGUUACCUGUUAAGCUCUGUUCUGACAGUUAACCAAUGAUGGGUACCUCUGACCCAUAGAGAUCCUAUAAUUCAGUGUGCUAUAUGUACUGUAAUUCUAAGCUACAACCUCCCUGUUGACAUGUUCAUGGGUACCUGUUACGCCCUUUUCUGACAUCUAAUCCCUGACCUCCCUUUUGACAUGUUCAUGGGUACUGUACCUGUUACGCCCUUUUCUGACGUCUAAUCCCUGACCUCCCUGUUGACAUGUUCAUGGGUACUGUACCUGUUACGCCCUUUUCUGACGUCUAAUCCCUGACCUCCCCUGUUGACAGGUUCAUGGGUACCUGUUACGCCCUUUUUCUGACGUCUAAUCCCUGACCUCCCUUUUGACAUGUUCAUGGGUACUGUACCUGUUACGCCCUUUUUCUGACGUCUAAUCCCUGACCUCCCCUGUUGACAUGUUCAUGGGUACCUGUUACGCCCUUUUUCUGACGUCUAAUCCCUGACCUCCCCUGUUGACAGGUUCAUGGGUGACGUCUAAUCCCUGACCUCCCUGUUGACAGGUUCAUGGGUACUGUACCUGUUACGCCCUUUUCUGACAUCUAAUCCCUGACCUCCCUUUUGACAGAUUCAUGGGUACUGUACCUGUUACGCCCUUUUCUGACGUCUAAUCCCUGACCUCCCCUGUUGACAGGUUCAUGGGGACGUGCUACGCCCUGUUCUGGUACAUCUUCUCUCUGGCCCACGUGGCUCUCUUCGUGACCCGCAUCAACUACACGGAGGAGCUGAGGUCGUUUGUGGGAGCCCUCAUCGUGGGCACCUACAACAUCGUGGUGGUCAUCGUUCUCACCAAGCUGCUGGUUGCCAUGCUACACAAGAGCUUCAGGCAGAUCGCUGUAAGUCAAUCAAUCAAUCUAUCAGUCAAUCAAUUAUUUAAUCAAUCAGUCAAUCAAAUGUAUUUAUCAAGCCCUUUUUACAUCAGCAGUUGUCACAAAGUGCUUUUCGGUAACUCGGCAUGAAGUGACUACGUACGAUGACAUUGUCAAUGAAGUUACAACAACAACAAAAACAAUUGGACUUGGUUAGUCUAGCUAUAACACUGUAUCUAAGUGUUAAUUGGGAGUACUUUAUUUAUAGUGUUUGGAGUUUAGUGUUUGGAGUAGGGGUAAAGAUCAGCUGUAUAAUUCACCUCAAUUACUUAACUUUAAUGCUUAAUAAAUUACACUUACCAAUCAUCAACUCAAAAAUCAUCCUUCUGAAUGCAAAAGACAAAUCCACUCCAAGAACACCAGACUAACAUGGUAGUGAUGUAUUCACAUUUCUCUGGGACAAAAAAAUGAAUUUGUUGCCGCAAACUUCCUACAGGUUUGUGGCAUAUUUGCUGCAAACUAAAUAGUGUGCCACAAAAUGUUGCCAGAAGUUAGCAAAUGUUUGCCACUAGUGGUGAAUCUGUGGCAAAGCUUUGGCAACAAUAAUAUUUAUUGGCACUAGUGGUAAACAGUUCGCCAGAGGGUUUUUUCUCUCAAGAUUCUAUUUGAAUCUGUGGUAAACCUGUGGCAACAACAUUAUUGCCACUAGUGGCAAACACUUUACCAGAAGCCAUUUUCUGGUGAACAUAUGAGUUCCAAGACCAGUAACCGUUGAUGACCAAUCAGGGGGAUUCGAAAAAUCUGUUGGAAAAUGUAAACCAAGCUAGCUAGCUAGCUAGCUACCAAAAGUUGUCCGUUGAAUGUCUAACUUAUUAAUUAAACUUCCUAAUAAACUUUAACAUUUUAUUAGCUAAAUUAUGCCUAGUUAGCAAUGUCAUGUUUUAUGGGAUAGAGUGAAACACAUUUUAUUGAUACCAGUUUCAACCUGUCAGCGCCACUGACUGGCUAGUGCUUAGCUAGCUAACGUUAGCUAUCUUAAUUUUUCAAAAAUACAGAUUGAGGCCUUCAAUCAAAUUGAGGACAAAUAAAUAUGUGUGGCCCAGACAAGUCAAGGCUUCUUGCUUCCAUGGCUUUGAGAUGUAAGUUACACUAAAAAAAAUGCUGGGUUGUUUGGAUGACCCAAUUGCUGGGUUGCAGGCAUUGGGUCAAUAGUUGGGUUAUUUUCUGUAAAAACAGCAAGGUUGGGUUGUUGGUGCUGCGUUAUUAAGGUUGGGUUAUGGAUAUAUGACCCAGCCAGUGGGUUAAUUCUCCCGCCGCCAGCACGUGAAGUCCACCAGAACGUGAGCAAGUGUCAAGACGUGGCAUCUUGCAAGUCUUCUAGUUCUAAUGUGACUGAGUGGAAAACGGCUAACGUUAUUUCGACAAACUAAGGGUGUUUUGGCUGACUGAAAACCGUGAAAACUGUAAGUAACAAAAGUUACGAAUUAUGUAUUUGAUGGUCAUUCUGGUUAAAUAGGUUGUCCUAUCAUAACUAGAUAGCUAGCUAACGUUAGCUUGAGCGUUAGCUAGCUAGCCAUUUUCUGUGAUAAUAUUUCUGGCUGUGGUAACGUUAGUUAGCCUCGCGACCUUGCUCGCGAUGCUAAUUUACUGAAAUAUUGUUGCGGAAUAUAGCUAAAUGUACGUUUUUUGUCAACGUUUGGCUAGCUAGUUAGCUAACUAUGUCAGUGUCUGUAACUGUAACUAGCUAAAGUUAGCUAGCUAGCUACCUUAGCUAGCUAAGUCUGACACUUCUUCUGGACUGUCUCGGACACUGUUUCACUCGUUAGCUAACAUUAGCUAAGUUAGCUGGCUAGCUAAGUUACCAUAGCUAGAUUUUACUUAUUCUCCAUCUGAGUAAAUUUAACCAAGCUAUUUGUCAGGAUUAUCUCAUACUUGCAUGGUGAUUGAAGGAGUUAGCUAGCGUUACUGCCGUGGUUUCCAAUGAUUUCUGACAGUGGCAGCUUUAGUUGGACUUGUGAAUUUGAGGAAGAUGGAUGCAAAUUCUGUUAGCUAGCUAACGUUAGUUUACUUUAAAAUGUGAUGUAGCCAAGUUAGUAUAGCUAGCUAGCUAUGUUUCUAAAAUGUAUUUAUCUCUGUACUUAAAUGCAGAGGUCUAGGCCAAUGGAGAGCUUUGUAAAGGAUACGCUGAAUGAGUGGAACCUGGCCUCUUGAUUCCAGAGCUUUGACCCGUGUGUAAAACAGCAUCUACGUUUUCCACGUUGUCAUCGAUAACCAAUAGUACAACCUUAAUGGAAACUUGAAAGACUUAACUUCACCAGAGCCUCUUAGAACCAUGCAGCCACUUGGGACAAGAUACAGUACAUUACAUGCACAGCUACCAUAGAUAGUCUGGCCUUCAUUUGACCAUACUUGCUUUGUUGCUCUUAAGGCACUAUUUAUAGCUCUGUUAAAUUGUUUGUUUUUGUGCCGGCUUAUUGCCUACUGUACGCUAUGUGCUUGUUUUCCUUUAGUUCAACUACUGUUGCACAUAAAUCUAUGUUGGUAUAGUUAAUAUAUAAAGACAUGUUUUGGUCAAGCUGGGCUGAAGUGCAUUCUGGUACGCUUUCAUUCUAUCACAAUUUAGUUUAAAUUACAAAUGUUACAUUUUGGGGGAUGUGAAAAGUGCUUUAUGAAUGAAAUACAGUUAUUAAGGAAACUUAACCCUAAUUGCUCCUGCAAGUCGCUCUGGAUAAGAGCGUCUGCUAAAUGACAAAAAAAAGAAAAAAAAAGUACAUUUUAGUCAUUUAGCAGACACUCUUAUCCAGAGCGACAAACAUAAUAUCUUACACUUGUUCUCUGUGUAGCAAUGUUUUGACUCGAUCCAAAUGUAGACCGUUAUUGUAUGGCAAGACAGCAUGAUGUGUGUGUGCUGUCACCUAAGAUAGCUGAGGUGUGUCAGUGAAUGUGCUAAUCUAUUGAUUAGCUCUGGCACUAUCGGACAGACAGAUCUGUGUUAAACACCACUUAAGACAGACUUUGUUUUUCUCAGAUUGCAAACUGAGUGUCCACAUCAAGUUCAACUGAGGCUUUAGUCUGAUGUUUGGACUGUUUGGUUCAUGAAAUAAUAUAAAUAGAUUUUAAUAAUCAAGCCUAUCUUAUGAAAUCUCAUUAAAUAACACAUACUUAGACAAUAGGGCUUUGUUUCAAUUUGCUGUUUACAUUUUGUAUAUAUUAUUGGACAUUGUGGACAAUUCUCUGACAUGCUGUGAUGCAUGUUCUGAAAUGCAGGUAAUACAAAUUCAACAUUGUAUCUUGAUGGUGUGUAGGAAAAGGAGGGGUUGGGAUGGUAGAGAAGGCUAAAAUAUAAGCUAAAUUGAAAUUAGAAUUACACUGAAAAUAACCCAAGGAUUACAUUAAAAAUUACUCCUUCUGCUGGGUCAAUCCCCCAACCCAAUGUGCUGAGUUUACAGUGAGGGGAAAAAAGUAUUUGAUCCCCUGCUGAUUUUGUACGUUUGCCCACUGACAAAGAAAUGAUCAAUCUAUAAUUUUAAUGGUAGGUUUAUUUGAACAGUGAGAGACAGAAUAACAACAAAAACAUCCAGAAAAACGCAUGUCAAAAAUUUUAUAAAUUGAUUUUCAUUUUAAUGAGGGAAAUAAGUAUUUGACCCCCUCUCAAUCAGAAAGAUUUCUGGCUCCCAGGUGUCUUUUAUAAAGGUAACGAGCUGAGAUUAGGAGCACACUCUUAAAGGGAGUGCUCCUAAUCUCAGUUUGUAAUCUAUAUAAAAGACACCUGUCCACAGAAGCAAUCCCCAGUCCUCUGUAGCUCAGCUGGUAGAGCACGGUGCUUGUAACGCCAAGGUAGUGGGUUCGAUCCCCGGGACCACCCAUACGUUUAAAAAAAAAAUAUGCACGCAUGACUGUAAGUCGCUUUGGAUAAAAGCGUCUGCUAAAUGGCAUAUUAUUAUUAUUAAUCAAUCAGAUUCCAAACUCUCCACCAUGGCAAAGACCAAAGAGCUCUCCAAGGAUGUCAGGGACAAGAUUGUAGACCUACACAAGGCUGGAAUGGGCUACAAGACCAUCGCCAAGCAGCUUGGUGAGAAGGUGACAACAGUUGAUGCGAUUAUUCGCAAAUGGAAGAAACACAAAAUAACUGUCAAUCUCCCUCGGCCUUGGGCUCCAUGCAAGAUCUCACCUCAUGGAGUUGCAAUGAUCAUGAGAACGGUGAGAAAUCAGCCCAGAACUACACGGGAGGAUCUUGUCAAUGAUCUCAAGGUAGCUGGGACCCUAGUCACCAAGAAAACAAUUGGUAACACACUACACCGUGAAAGACUGAAAUCCUGCAGCGCCCGCAAGGUCCCCCUGCUCAAGAAAGCACAUAUACAGGGCCGUCUGAAGUUUGCCAAUGAACAUCUGAAUGAUUCAGAGGAGAACUGGGUGAAAGUGUUGUGGUCAGAUGAGACCAAAAUCGAGCUCUUUGGCAUCAACUCAACUCACCGUGUUUGGAGGAGGAGGAAUGCUGCCUAAGACCCCAAGAACACCAUCCCCACCAUCAAACAUGGAGGUGGAAACAUUAUGCUUUGGGGGUGUUUUUCUGCUAAGGGGACAAGACAACUUCACCGCAUCAAAGGGACGAUGGACAGGGCCAUGCACCGUCAAAUCUUGGGUGAGAACCUCCUUCCCUCAGCCAGGGCAUUGAAAAUGGGUCGUGGAUGGAUAUUCCAGCAUGACAAUGACCCAAAACACACGGCCAAGGCAACAAAGGAGUGGCUCAAGAAGAAGCACAUUAAGGUCCUGGAGUGGCCUAGCCAGUCUCCAGACCUUAAUCCCAUAGAAAAUCUGUGGAGGGAGCUGAAGGUUCGAGUUGCCAAACGUCAGCCUCGAAACCUUAAUGACUUGGAGAAGAUCUGCAAAGAGGAGUGGGACAAAAUCCCUCCUGAGAUGUGUGCGAACCUGGUGGCCAACUACAAGAAACGUCUGACCUCUGUGAUUGCCAACAAGGGUUUUGCCACCAAGUACUAAGUCAUGUUUUGCAGAGGGGUCAAAUACUUAUUUCCCUCAUUAAAAUGCAAAUCAAUUUAUAACAUUUUUGACAUGCGUUUUUCUGGAUUUCUUUGUUGUUAUUCUGUCUCUCACUGUACAAAUAAACCUACCAUUACAAUUAUAGACUGAUCAUGUCUUUGUCAGUGGGCAAACAUACAAAAUCAGCAGGGGAUCAAAUACUUUUUUCCCUCACUGUAUGUCACAACCCAACACACUGGGUUGUUUUAACCCAGCAAUAUAUCCAUCUCCAAAGUUCACUCAAAAAGGCAACAGUUCUGAAAUGGGUUUUAUUUAGGUUUUGUUUUAAUUUAUUAAUUUUAAUUUUAAUUUAAUUUUAAUUUAUUAAUUUUAAUUUUAAUUUAAUUUUAAUUAUUACAAUUUUGUUAAUUACUGUAUCCUUUAAACUGCCAUUGGUUGAAAUGUAUUGCUCAGUUAUCAUUUGGCUCAUGUAAAUAAUUCUGUAGUUGUCUUUUUAAACAACCUACGGUGAACUUCCCCACAGUGUUCACAUUUCUAUCAUGCAAAUGUUGUAGCUACACAAAACUAUCAAAUAAACAAUUUAUUUGGGAAAUAUCAGGCUUUGCUCUUUUCUUCAUUAGCAUUCUGAUGAUUACAAGUUCUAUUGGAUGUAUUUUUUAUCUGUUAAAGACAUUUAAUACGUUUAGUAUAUUUACUACAUUUAGUAUGUUUAGUUUUUUCUCUGAGAAGUAAGUUAUAUGUGAUUUGGUUUACGUAGUAACCAAAAACCUGAUCUAAUUUGCAUAUUCAUAUUGAGUUUGCAGUAAAUGUUCAGCAAACAAUAGAACGUUUGCUACAAGUUUCCCAGAAUUGUUUGCCAGAAGUUCAGAAGUUACCUCAAAUUUACUGCAACAGUUUGCCAAAUAACGAACUUGCAUGUGAAAAUAUGAGCUUGCCGUAAAUUUGUGAUAAAUUGGGCAAACAACUGUUUGCCAGAAGCCUGUUUUUUCGGUAAGGGAAUUAUUAAAGUGAGUCGAUUACAGAGUAUGUGAGCGGAGUGGAGCUGGAGCCGAGCGAGGAGUGGAGCGUGCCAAAUUUGACUGGCGCGUGUAGCGAGUUUCCCAAAGGCUGGAGCGUCGGCCUUCUCACCAGCUCCAGUAGCGUUCACUUCACGAGCUCAGGGCGUGCCCGGCCCAGCAUGCAUUUGUAGUCUUGUGUGCUGCUAUAGCCCCUUGCUUUAGCUACUGUCAUGGAGUUUGCAAAAUAUUUUCAGAAAGAAACUGAUAAAACACACAGGUGCAAAAUCAAGGUGGACGCCGGAUCUCCAUGAGAUUUCCGACUGCUCAACUCCACUCACAUACUCUGGUUGAAUUCCUAAAUCUCCCAUUUCCCUCUAAAUCCCCUAGAACCACGAGGAUAAGGAAUGGAAGUUUGCCUGCGCCAAGCUGUGGCUAAGCUACUUUGACGAAAAGUGCACCCUACCGCCCCCCUUCAACAUCCUGCCCUCCCCCAAGACAGUGUGUUACCUGCUGACCAGUAUGAGUAAAUGGAUCUGCUCCCACACCUCCACGGGGAAGGUCAAGAGACAGCACAGCCUCAAGGUAAGAGAGACGUGACACUAUUCAAUCAAGAAGUGAUACCUCUGUAUACUUCAAAUAAAGCCUUUUUUUACAAUCUUAUCCUUCCAUGAUAUCCAGAUAAGUAGACACUGUGUUCAGUCUCAAACCCUAACCUCCCAUGUUGUUGUUGUCCCACCCAUCCAGAAGUGGAGGAACCUGAAGCAGAAGCGUAAUGAGAACUACCAGAAGAUCAUAUGUUAUCUGGUCCAUCGCUACCUGACGUCCACCAGGCAGAAGAUGCAGAGCACCGACCAGGCCACCGUGGAGAACCUCAACCACCUGCGGCAGGACCUCUCCAAGUUCCGCAACGAGAUGAGAGACCUGCUAGGCUUCAGAACCUCCAAGUACACCAUGUUCUACCCACGGAGCUAG